CCAGAGCCUUGUAAAGUGUCAAGUCAAUGAGUACGUCACUUCCUUCUCGUUACAGUACAAAAAAUCCUCCAUUCCUAGUUCUCUAUUCUCUUCCGGUGAUUCCUCACGAUCGUGUGUAGAUUCGUGAGAGGUAGCCAUGGGGAGACGUCCUGCAAGAUGUUAUCGUUACUGCAAAAACAAGCCGUAUCCCAAGUCACGGUUUUGCCGGGGUGUGCCAGACCCGAAGAUCAGGAUCUUUGAUCUUGGCAAAAAGAAGGCACGAGUGGAGGACUUCCCACUCUGUGUGCAUUUGGUGUCGGACGAGUACGAGCAGCUGAGCUCUGAGGCGCUAGAGGCUGGCCGCAUUUGCGCCAACAAGUACAUGGUCAAGAAUUGCGGAAAGGACCAGUUCCACAUCCGCAUGCGGCUCCACCCCUUCCACGUUAUUCGCAUCAACAAGAUGUUGUCAUGCGCUGGAGCUGACAGGCUCCAGACUGGGAUGCGAGGUGCCUUCGGGAAGCCCCAGGGCACAGUUGCACGUGUCAGGAUUGGCCAACCGAUCAUGAGCGUACGUUCUAGCGACAGGUACAAGGCUUCAGUCAUCGAGGCACUCAGGCGAGCAAAGUUCAAGUUCCCUGGACGUCAGAAGAUCUAUGUCUCUAAGAAGUGGGGAUUCACCAAGUACGAAAGGGAUGUGUAUGAGCAGUUGAGAAAUGACGGGAGGUUGGAGAACGAUGGUUGUAACGUCAAGUACCGACCGGAGCAUGGACCCCUGGAUGUCUGGAAGAAGAACCAACAUGAUUUUAUGGUACCCGCUUAGUUCCACUUAUGUUCAAAAUAAACCUGUUUGAACUUUGUUUUUA